AUGUCCUUGUUGAACUUCUGGGACACGCAGCGCCCCGCGAAACGCCGACGGAUCUCCGGAGAGAGCGUUCCAGAAGCCAAACAGGAGACUCGACAGCCGAGUCCGAGCCCGUCGGUCACGGAAACCGUUGCUGCAGAUGAACCGGACAAUAUAACUAACAGCCAGACGGACCUCGAGACAUCACUACCUGACAUCAAGACUGAGGACGCAAUCGAAGAGUAUGAGGCCUCCGAGGGCGUUGAUUUGGGACUACAUAUGAGACUACGAGAUGGUGUUUGGCAGAGAGGCAAAAGCUCCAUCUACGUUGACGCUUUCAACCUGGCACUGGAAACUGUGUUGGAUGAGGAAUCGCAUCUCUUUAGCGCGGCUGAGAUGGAAAUCUUUACGCACUGGAGGAAGCUGUCAUACGAGUCUCAAUAUCUCUAUGUCCGUCUGUUCCUUCGCAAGACCUCUGCAUGGCACCGUAUCAACAGACUCAAUUAUUACUCUGAUAUAUCAGACCUGGCCGCUGUCGCCGAAGACUUGCAACAGGAUCGGAGCUUACCUGAUUCGGACCUUGGAUGUACAUUCAGAUUCGCCGAGGGAAUAGAAGAGAUAAACUCACUGGAAGAGGCUUCAUCACUCCUUCUCUUGGACGAACUGAAAAUUUUCGCAAAGGAGGCCAAAGUGCAGGGCAAAAGCAAGAAGGAGCUGCUCACAGCGCUUCGCGAAACGAGCCAGAAUCAAACAGGCUUGAGAGAGACAGGCAACAGAGAUAGUCAUUUCACCCAGAAGAUAUUGGAUUACACCGGUGGGUGUAUUAGGCUGGUUUCAGUACCUCGUGCUCUGUUUGAGCGAGUACACCUGGUCUUCUACCGCUCUACAGAGUGGACCGAAAAGUCCCUCACAACCAUCAUUCUGGCGAAGAUGUCGAAAAGAGCAUUUCCUGAUUACAUUGUUUGCCGUUCAAACUCUAUCUUUUCGUCCAGAGAAGCACUUUUGGAGUUUGAAUCGGCCAUCCAGACACAAUUUGCCGUGGACAACAUACUAGAGUUCAACGGCCCUCCAUCGACCGAAUCACUCCAGCAAAUUAUCGAUCUUGCGAACAAAUUCCACCCUCGCUGGAAGGAACUUGUCAAACAGGAGCAGCAAAAAGAAGACAGCAUUUAUGAGAGCGGCGAGGGCGCCUACCUACGUCGGUUCUCGCCGGCAUGGGUGCUAACAAGAAUCAUCCACAAAAGCCUGAACCCACUAGGCCGUUUCAAGGAGCAUAAACGUGAGCAUGAAGUCCUUGAAGAACUACUAUGUCAGCGUCUCUUCCAUGCUGCACGUCGCGGAGCGUGGUAUCAGCGCAAAGCAUUACUGGAAGAACAUUAUAUGUGGGCCCUCACCCCAACAGAAGGACGCAGUGAAGAGGUCCAGCGCAAACACUGGAAGAGAGUCGCAUUGCGGACUUGUGAAGCUGGGUUGGAAGACCCGCUUUGUCAUUUGAUCUUCCAUUACGACCUACAGAAACGGAUCACCAAGCUGGAAAAAGCACUACGGGUCGUCAAGAGGGAGCAGCAUGAUUUUGGACACGUUAUGCUUGGGAAGCCAGCUGAGCGGACGAUCGAAGGUAUCCGUGUAGAUACGGAUGAUGCUCCCUUGAAGACAGCAUCUCGCAAAGGCAGACCGACUAUCUGGAUCGAUGAGAGGGAAGGGGGCGAGUGUAGAGUGGAAAGUAUGUGUCUGAGUUGGUACCGUGAUCAUGGCUGGAAGGGUUAUCACUGUGAGGGGGAUCGACCGAACGCAAGCUGGAUACAUGAAGCUCACCAUCACAAGUUCGGCUAUCUGUUCUACGACAUACUCUUCACAUACGUGCCCAACGUCUUCCAGACAGCGUUCCAGACAUGCCCGCUCGAUCUCCAUACAGAUGUGUUUUAUCCAUCUCGUGCGUCGGAGAUUAACCACCGAUUAGUUGAGAUCACGAACGGCGGGGCCGAGCGUAUUGUUCGUGAGAUCCACGAUCUCCACUCGGAUGCGCAGCCUUGUGUUGUAGGGCUGGACUGGUCUUUUGAUCUAGAUGACCUGGUCGAGAUCGUGCAGUGUUUCCGUGGUGAAGCACUUGCUACUAUCUGCAAAGUCAUGGCACAGGAGUACCAGCAGCGCGGCGGAGGUAUUCCAGACUUGUUUCUCUGGAACAUUGAGACGAAGACUGUGAUGUUCGCUGAGGUUAAGUCGGAGAAUGAUCGGUUGAGCGACACCCAGCGCCUCUGGAUUCAUAUUCUGUUGGCGGCUGGUGUCAAGGUUGAGCUUUGCAAUGCUGUUGCAUCUAAGCAAUCAAAGGAUUAA